GUUCAGCAGCCUUCCCCUGCGCCGGAAGUGCCGGCGCAAUGGGCGGGGCCUCGGGGGCGUCCCCGGCGCGUGUUCCGGUCGCGGGGCUUCCUGGUUGGUGCUUCCUGGUGCAGGAGCCGGCAAUACGGGUCUGCUUUCUUUCCAGAAUGUUCGGGGGGCAUGGAGACAUAGAAACAUAUGAUGAUGACCUUUAUCGUGAGGAGUCAUCCAGCGAACUAAGUGUUGACAGUGAGGUAGAAUUUCAUCUCUACAGCCAGGUCCAUUAUGCACAAAGUCUUGGAGAAGUCAAUGGGCAGGAAGAGAAUGAGGAGAUAGUGGACUCUGUAGAGAAGCAAGGUCAGAGUUCAGUUUUGAUCAAUAAAUUGGACCAGGGCAAGAACCUUAUAUUCUCAGACAAUGAUGUUGUUCAGAUUUCAGAUGGCUCUGAGGUCAUCAUCUUGUCUGACACACCUGAUGAAGACAGUGUUUACAAAAGCAAAGUGAAGAAGACAGCAACCUCCCUAACACCAGCUAAACAAUAUAGUCAACCAGGAUGCUCCACACGGAACCUCUCUAGAGCUUCUGCACCCACUACCUUGGAUUCUGAUGCAAAAAAGUCAAGUAAAGAGAAAAGGGCUAGUGAGAAGUCUAAACCAACUUCUGCUGGUAGAGUACGCAUGAUCCAAGAGAUUCUGGUAAUAGAGGAUAGCUCAAAUGAUGAGGAAGAAGAGGAAAGCACAAUCUCUGAAAGUGAUAAUGUGGAGAGCUGGAUGCUAUUGGGAUGUGAUACAGAUGUCAGAGAUGAAAAUAUCAUUUUGAACCUUGAAGGCUGUGGAACUGCUGUCAGUGAAGGAAAAUUCCACUCUUUUUCUCCAAGCUUCAGAAAGAACUAUACCAGGGAUCGGCAACCUUUCAGAAGUGGAGAAGAUGGAGUGGACUGGUCCAUCAGUGAUAAAGACCUAGAGGCACAGAUUGGUAAUUAUGCACCCCUGAGACGCACCAGCAGAUACUAUGCAACAGACAAAAAUGUUACUUGUAGAAAUUGUGAUAAACGGGGUCAUUUGUCUAAAAACUGUCCUACUCCAAAGAAAAUUCCCCCUUGUUUCUUGUGUGCAGAGAGAGAUCACCUACAAAAUACCUGCCCAGCACGGUUUUGUUUAAACUGCUGUUUGCCUGGACACUGUUCCAGGGAGUGCCUUGAGAGAGCUUAUUGGCGUAAACAUUGUAACCGCUGCGAUAUGAAAGGCCAUUAUGCGGAUGCUUGCCCAGAAAUAUGGAGGCAGUAUCACCUAACAACCAGACCAGGAUCAAUCAAGAAGUCCAGUUCGUACUCUGAGCAUUCUGCAUUGGUGUACUGCUACAACUGCUCCCAGAAAGGACAUUAUGGAUAUGAGUGCUCAGAGAAGCGGAUGUACAAUGGGGCAUUCCCUUCUUCCCCAUUCAUCUACUACUAUGAUGAUGAGUAUGACAUCAAGAGGAGAGCUCAGAGGGCAAAGAGAAAGGUUGAAGAACUUCAAGAAGCCGGCCUUUUGCCAGUGCAGUUCAAGAGGCUGCGCAAGGAGGAAGAGCGUAGGGGACAGUGUCUUAAGAAAAAGAAAAACCUUUGGAAAGAGCAUGUCAAGAGUCCUAAAGAAGAAAAGCGCCACAAAAAGGCCAAUAAGAAGUCCUGGGCAAAGGAACACAAAGAGAAGAAACACAAGAAAGACGCCCAAAGGAAUAACGACCAGGAGGAGGACUUUCCUAGGGGGGGUAGAACACAUUCCCCUAAGGGCAGCACAAAGCAUCACAGCUCUGCCUUCUCUCCUCAUGGCAGGAAAACAAAAACUGGCCAGGAGCUGCUGGAUGCAGCUAAAAAGAAGAAGAAAAAGAGAAGGCAGAGAAACAAAAAGGACAGUAGUUCCACCAUUGAUGAGAGCUUAUUCCUUAUAAAACAGAGGAAAAAGAAAUCAAAACAGGAAUCCAGCUGCUAAUCUGUCAACAGAAAGCUACGGUGGGAGGGGGGCGUAACUCACUACGGUUUUGCCAUGGUAUUUUUCUGACCCCGUGCUAAGAUGUAGAAUUUGAAUCCACCUUUGCAUAGAGGCUUGGACGUGUAAAACCAACACGAGAAAGAAUACUGACCUUGUGACUCUCAGCUUCUGAAAGAGAGUAUUUGCCAACGGGUAGAAGUGGUUCAUGUACACGAGUAAAAUCAUACUGUAUUUUUUGACAGUCCCUCUUUUUCUGUAGGUCGAUGAAAGGUUGGGAACCUUUUUAUUUUUGUUUGGGGUUUUUUUGUUUGGAUGAAUGAGGGAAAAGGUCCAUAGUGGGGAGGUUUGGCCUUCUCUCCUUUGAGCGAUUCCUUUUAAGAAUGCUACACCUGUCAAAGUUCUGUAGUUGAGCAAAUGUGAUUCCCUUGCAGCCUGACUUUAAAGAGAGGCUUUCACACUGGGGAGACUUGGAGAAGGGGCAGGGAAGGGGAAAGUAAAUAGCAAUACAAAAAACAAUCCUUUUGGUGAAGCAUUUUCUUGCUUCUCACCCAGCUGGAGUCUGCAGUGACAUUGUUGUAUUGUACUUACAGCAUGACAGUCGUCUGCUGUGGAAACUCAUGGGAUGUCACAAAUUCAUCAUAAUCACAGCAUUGCAAGUUUAAGUAUCAGGAGCAGAGGAACUACGAGGAAGCAAAUCCUUGAUUGAAUAACAAAUCUCUUUGCUAACUGGUAAGCAAGAGAAGUUCAAUUAAAAAAUAUUACAAGCAGUUGGGUUGAUAUCUGGAAUUAAAAAUGCCAUAGUUUUCCACAGUGUGGAAGUCCUGCUUCUUAAAAGAUAAAAUUAUGUAGCCAAGCUAUAGAAUUGCAAGCAAUUUACCUGCUUCCAGAAAUAGAAUGCCUAAGUUUAAUGGCUUAAUGGGUCUUUUUGUUUUGUUUUGUUUUGUUUUGUUUUUUAAGAGAUGAAGUAUUUUUUGUACUCAAAGAAUUAAAAACUUUGUAAGGAUAAAUACUUUAUCAAAGGAACCAACCAAAUAAAGUUGUACAUGGGGAUACAUGAAAAGAUA